GUGUCAACGUACGAGAGUAACGAUGGGGCCAAUAGAGCGACUUUCCCCCUCCUAGAUAUGUAUUGCCUUGCAAAACGUGCGAUCGCCAGUAUCGCACGCGCUUCGUGACGCGGUCGGUGGUUUCUGUAUGUUCACUGCAGCUUCGAGACGCAUGUGACUGUGAAAUUUCCCCCGAAACCGGAACAAACUUGACAAUGACGAUGGAGAACAUCGCGGUGUCGAUUGGAGCGGACAAGCAGCACGUGGUGCCGCUGAGACAGGAGAAGGACCGUGCGGGCAACAUCAAGGCCGGCGUGAUCGAUUUCGUGGCCGGCUCACUCGGCGGCGUAGCCCUCGUUUACGUGGGUCAACCGUUGGACACGGUCAAAGUGAAGAUGCAGACGUUCCCCACGAUGUACAAGGGCAUGGUGAAUUGUUUCCUGCAAACGCUAAGGUCAGACGGCAUCGCGAGGGGUCUCUACGCCGGCACUAUCCCGGCUGUGGUUGCCAACGUCGCCGAGAACUCCGUGCUAUUCGCCGCAUACGGCGGAUGCCAGAAAGCGAUCGCUCAUCUAACAGGUGCGCAGAGCGUGAAAGAGCUGAGCUCCAUCAGCAAUGCCUGGGCCGGCUUCUUCGCCGCGUUCUUCUCCUCGUUAACGCUGUGCCCGACCGAGCUGAUCAAGUGCAAGCUGCAGGCGAUGAAGGAGGUAGAAGAGACGCAGACAGCCAGCAAAGCCAGGAGGCACGUAGGACCGUGGAUUUUGACGAGGCAGAUUCUUAGGGAGCAAGGUGUAAGAGGCCUGUUUACAGGUCUCUCGUCGACGAUAGUUCGCGAGAUGCCCGGUUACUUCUUCUUCUUCGGCGGCUACGAGGGCACGCGGGAGUUGUUAGCAACAGCUGGUCAAAGCAGGGACGACAUUGGUUGGCAGAAAACGAUGGUAGCCGGAGCGGUUGGCGGCACAGUGCUCUGGCUGGUGAUAUUCCCCGCCGAUGUGGUGAAGAGUAGAAUACAGGUGAAAAAUCUGAAGACACCCGCGUGGAUAGUCUUCAAAGACAUCGUGAAGCGAGAAGGUGUUGGCGCGCUGUACAACGGAUUGAUGCCGACUUUGAUACGAACGGUACCAGCGACCGCUACAUUGUUCGUCACUGUCGAAUACACAAAAAAACUCAUGUACAAUUAUUUCUGAGAUCGACCUAGACAUUGGAUUUCCCCAGUGAACCUGAUGUGUUUUACCUGAUGUAACCAAAAAAUGUUCUCUAGAAAUUCGAAUAAAAUAUGUGGCAUAAAAUUGUUAUGCCUACUACAUACGAAAGAACAAUGUUCGACGUAACCAAUCCAAGGACAAGUAGGAUAAAAAUUUGCCACAAAAUUAAUGAAAAGUAUGCAAAUAGAAGCAUAUGAAUAGGAAAAUUUUAACAUAUUACUUUCUUCUAUUUAACGUAAUUCUUUAAACGCACAUACGCAAAAUAUAGUAAUAUUGUAUGAUAAUAUAAUAUAUCAACUUAUUUCCUGAUGUAUAAUUAUAUUUUAAAA